AUGGCGGCCAAGACUCCACUUUCUCAGGCUGCUUACCAGCCUGUCCCAAGAGAAGACGACCCCUCUGCUGAUUUGCUUGAGCCCUCUGAGAGAGGCGACAGAGACGAUGGCAAGCCUGCUCUCUUGAAGGUCAAAUUCUCUUUCAUCCUGCUGCUGCGAUUGUUGUUGGCCCCGAUCGUUAUCGCCGAUAUCGUCUUCAUGUGCAGUCCCUACUACUCUCCCGCUUCAGCCGGAAUCUUUGCUACCGGAGGCAUCUUGCUAGCCUUUUGGCAUGGAUUCCGUGUCUUGAAGAGCUGCUUCCCCGGCGGGAGCCGCGACAACUUCAACCUCAAGAUCGGAAGUCUUUUCUGCAUGUGCGGCACAAGCUCAAACUCUCGCACGAGACCUUCCAAGGUGUGGGCGUACCUCAUUAGCCUUGUCGACUUUUCCUUCGGUCUCUUCUUUAUCGGACCCUCUGUCACAGCUAUCAACUAUGGCAACUUCAACAACAGUUCUGCUGUUGGAGGACUGAGCAUCACUUUGGUGGUCAUGCAAUCGGCGAUUGCCUUCCUUAACCUCUUUAGCCUGUUCCGCAGGAUGACCAUCGUUGUUGACAGAGAUGAUGAUGAGCAGGACCGUCUCUACUCGAUCCCCGAGCUCUUCCGCGACGAAGCAUCUGAGCCCCGCGAUUCGAUGUCUUCUGUGGUUUAA